AUGAAGGUGCGAAUGGCGACAGGAAAAGCGAUGAUGGUGCAAAUGGAGUCACCAAAAUUGGUCAAAGAACUAGGAAACUAUUUAGCCGAUGAUCGUAUCCGUUCGGAAUUUUUUCGAAAUCCAGUAUUUUGUCAUAGCUUCAAGCAAUGUUUAAAUAUAUCGGUCCACAUAGAAGUUCAAGAAGAAGGAGAACAAUGUGACAUUCGAUUAGUGGGUGAAGAAGAACCUGUUCAACUGACUCGUAAUAAAAUAAAAACUUUAUUUGAAAAACUGGACAGAAAAAUCUAUAAUGAAGGACUAAUUACCCAUUGGGUAGACGUACCUUUUGCAGCUAGAGUUAUACAAAGAUCAAUGGAAUCUAAUCGUCAAUUUAUAGUUUGUGAAUACGAUAACGAUGGCAAUUUUGUUGUGUACUACUUCAAAACUGGACCAUUCAAGAUUUUGGAAUCGAAACUAGACAAAAUGAUUACCAAAGGUUUUCUGUUAGAUAGAAUUAGUCUGCCAGAUAAAAAUACUGCAAAACGAUUACCAAGAGAAAUCAAUGAUUUGUUAUGGAAGAAAGCAAAUAAAGUGACGCUUUAUAGUACUGAAGAAAAUGAAAUUCAGGUAUUUGGUCCAAAACUCGUGGUAGUACAAUUAAAAAAACAAUUGGAAAAAUUAAUCAACAAAUAUCAAUUAAAACUAUUCAAAAUAAAUUAUCUUUUGACUAUCUGUCUACAAGAACUAAGAGAUAUUGAAAAAGAAUAUGCUGAUGACUGUGUGGACAUAAUAAACAAUAUACAUAAUGGAGAAUUUUUGGCCCCAGAGUAUUUGAAAGAUCAAAUUGAAUAUCGUCUCGGUGAAUUAAUAUUACAAUUCGCUGCCAUAACAUAUGAUUAUCGAGCAGAAAUAUGUUCAACAGUUGUUGACAGAGAGAUGGUGCGUUUGGCUGCUACUGCAAGGAGAUACCAUUGUCGAAGUGAAAUUGAAGUGCAAACAUUCGACAAAAUAUUUACCAUACCAAAAGUAACGGUAGAUGACAAUAUCGAACAAUCGGAUGUCUUUUACAACUCACCAUUGGUAUUUAUGAAAGCAAGUGUACACAACGGUUCAAUUGAAAUUCAUAGAGGCGAUUUAACAGCUCAAAAGGUAAAUUUUAUUGUUGUAUCAUCAGAAUUAUUACGUGAUUCUGUUAUGAAAUACACUUGUGAUGAUAGAAUCCAAUCAGAAUAUCUUAGUGCUGUCGACAAAAUAGGGGAAGUCAAUCAGUUAAUUGAAACAACAGCUGGAAAUCUAUCCUGUGGAAAAAUUUUACUUCUAAACCGGACACCGUCGUUCUUAGUAAAUGAUGCACAGAAUUAUAUUUCAGAGUGUAUUCAGCAUAUUACAAAAGACGUAAAGGAUAGCGAAACAAAAUUAUCAAUUGCAUUUGAAGCACCCAUCAAAGGUGAUGAUGUUGAAAAUAAAUUUAUUGCCGAAACAAUGAUUAACGAAGCAAAACGUCAACUAGAAACGACAAGCGCUCCUUUAAGUAUUUUGUUCGUUCUAUCACUUGAUAAACAGGAGUUGUAUAAACAUUAUUCGUCUAAAAUACAAUCCUUACAAACACAACAAGAUGGUUAUGCGCAAUUUUAUUAUCCAACAUCAAGUAAGGAUAUAUGGAUUUAUACGCGCUUAGAUCUAACAUUACUCAGCCAAAAGGACUGA